AUGAAUUCACCGGAAAACACCUUACCGAAACUCGUUUUGAGUGGUGACUUAAAUGUCACGGAAUCGAUUAAUACUGCGAAUCUGGUGGGAGAGAAAGAAAACAGUUCAAUCUCAUCGAUCAACAAUGAUGUCCAAAGUGUUAGUACUAUUAUCCCAACUAUGCAAGAGGACAGGACAGAAACUCUGGAUCUUGAAAGUCAGCCUUCAUUGGACCUUGAUGAGAUUCUAUCAGCCGCUGAACGAAGAAUCAAUAGUCUUAGUAUCAAUAGGGGUAAUCCUCUGCAUGUAUUUGGCGAAAUUGUCCAAUCUUCUGAUGAAUACAUGGUUGAUAUUGAAGACGAUGAUACUUGUUUCCAGCACUUUGCUCCAGGAAGGACUACGCCCACUCCCCUAGAACUGGACACUAUGCAUAGAUUGUAUGAGGCCUCGGCAGCACUUGCUAGGGGCAUUGUUGGCAAGAUCUCGCGACAAAACAGUCAGGUAUCUGAUGGCGCUGUGGCACCGUACAAUUCACCAAACUACACGACACCUAACGUGCAGGAUGGUAUGUCUCUAGCGAGUGCUUUGACACGUGUACCUGAUGAUAUUUUUGAACGCAAUGACAAUAGUUUUACGCAGAACAAUGAAGAACAAGAUGAAGAAUUGAAAGACGAAGAAUACGAAGACGACGAAGAAGAAUUGGAAGACGAAGAAUACGACGACGAAUUAGAGGAUGAAGAUGAAGACGACCUAGAUAAUAUUAUGUCAUCAGGAUGUGGCAGUGUGCGUAAAACUGUAGAAGGUGACACCGAAGAUCAGGUCAUGAUUGAAAGUGAGAACGACGAAGAGUUGCGUAACUUCUUCCCAGCGACACGGGCCGAUUUCAGAGAAGUAGCAGGAACAGUGACGCGUGUAACACGUGCUGAUUUUCAAGAUUUUCACCGUCGCCGUCAUUUGCAAUGUUUUGCUCGUUCUAUGGAUAACUGGCGCAAUUUCGAGAAUAAUGCAUUGGAAGGUGGUAACGUGCCACAGUAUUCCGAAUUACAGUUUGAUCGUUAUCGAGAUAUAUUCUUGAAGAUGGAUAUUACUAAGCUCUCGCCAUUAGACAAGUUCAUAUACAAGCUUCUUUCACAAUCUGAGAAUGUACAGGACCAGAAUAGUCUAAAUUCAGUUAUGGCCAGGUUAAGAAGAGAGUGUCGAAUUAGUCCUUCUAAGCGUGAUAUAUUCGAAAGAUUGUUGCAGUUACAGAGUGAUGCCGAUUUUGGUCAAGAAUCAGAAAUGGAGACACCCAAAGGCGGCACUGAAUCUGUAGAAGACUUUGUGUCACCAACUGCCGUUCGGUAUGACCCAAGAAUGCAACAUCUCUUAAGGAACAAAUCUGUACGGUCGAAUUCUGGUGUUGUAGUUAUUACGGUACUGACUGCUCCUGGAAAUUUCAGCUGCUCCUCAGACUGUCACUACUGCCCUAACGAACCAGGCCAACCACGAAGCUACCUUUCAACAGAACCAGCGGUAUUAAGAGCGAAUCAGAACGAUUUUGAUGCUGUUCGCCAGUUUCACGAUCGUGCAAUGACACUCUACCGCAAUGGUCAUGUGAUUGAUAAGAUUGAGGUAUUGGUACUGGGUGGAACCUGGAGUGGUUACCCUCGAUCCUAUCAGGAGGAAUUUUGUCGUGAUCUUUUUUACGCUGCAAAUGUAUUCCCGUUACCACUGGAAUUAGCUCGGUCGCGUGAAUCUCUGGAGACGGAACAGGAUAUAAAUGUGACAGCGUCAUGCCGAAUUAUAGGUUUGACUUUGGAAACACGACCUGACCGUAUAUCACCUGCUGAGAUUCGUAUAUUGAGGAGAUUAGGUUGCACUAGGGUUCAAUUAGGUAUCCAGCAUACGAAAGAUGAUAUAUUGAGCCAUGUUAACCGAGGUCACACCAUUGUUGACGGUAUAAGAGCGCUCUCACUGCUAAAGGAUAACUGCUACAAGGUUGAUAUUCAUUUGAUGCCCGACCUUCCGGCAAGUAGCCCUCAGGUUGACCGAGAAAUGUUUGCGGAGGUUUUGGGUGAUGAUGAACUUCAAGCUGAUCAGUGGAAAAUCUAUCCCUGUGAAGUCACACCAUUCUCACGCAUCGAGCAGUGGUAUAAGGAAGGUCGUUACGCUCCCUACUUUGAUACUGAUCCUUUUUUGCUUAUGGACCUGUUGAUGAGUGUGAAGCGAGCGAUCCAUCCGUGGAUUAGGUUGAACCGAGUGAUCCGUGAUAUACCUAACCCAUCGAUCAUUGCUGGUACCAACGUCACGAACAUGCGACAGCUACUAUUGAACAAUAUGGCUAAGCGUGGUCUGAUGUGUCGUUGUAUCCGUUGUCGUGAGGUAAAGCAAGGUGGUCAUGAUCUUGGUGCUAAGCUGAUGGUGCGACAGUACCGUAGUCAUGCUGGUGACGAGUACUUUUUGAGUUACGAGACCGAGGAUGAAUCGAAGAUAUUUGGAUUCUUGCGGCUACGUCUACGUGAUAAUAGCGGAUAUAACCCUAAAGUUUCAUUGUUCCGUUGUCUAGAGGGUUGUGCUUUAAUCCGUGAGUUACACGUUUACGGCGUAGUGGUUGUCCACGGUAAAUCUUCUCAAGAGUGUACUCCCUAUCAGCAUCGCGGUAUUGGUGCUAGCCUCUUAUUGGCAGCGGACAUCAUAGCCGCUGCCAAGGGUUUCCGCAAGAUAGCGGUGAUUGCCGGUAUCGGUACACGUGAGUAUUAUGCAAAGCAUGGAUACGAGGUUGAUGAUACCUACAUGACCAAAAUAUUGACUCAUGGAUCUAUCUACAACCGUUUUGUGCAGCAUAAACAAACGGCUACUUCCUCGAUCCAGGUUCCAUAUUCUAUUAAGAUCCACGUGAUCGAUUUACAGGAUGCCGUAAAGGUGCUGAACGAGCGUUUGCCAGAGGAGACUAAGGCGAAAAAGAUCCCACCAGUUGUCAGUACUCCAACAACGGGUCCUAGUUACAGUAUAAAUGUGUUCCGUUUUUUGCGUUACACUCGCAAGAAUUUCGGCAAGAAAAUAGAUUAUACGAAAGUAACUAGUAUCAUGUUCGACGAGCACUGGGAAUACUUCGAUCAUGCUUAUGAGUUUGUUAACAGGUCGUUAAGUGCGUUAGGCGAGCGUCCAUUUGUUGUUGCUUCCGUGUUAUUCUUGGGAGCAGCAUGUUACAGCACUAUCCUUCGUCGUCGUCAGAGGUAA